AUGGAGUCGUUUGAGGCGGCGGUGAACGGCGUCUCUCGCAGCGAGGAUCCGUUCUCUGGACCGCUCACAUCCAUCGCGCCCUGGAACUAUAGAGUGCUGGCGGCGCUGAUGUUCGUGGUGACCGCGGUGUCUCUGUGCGAGAACUUCACGGUGAUGCUGGUCACCUUCAGGUUCAAGCAGCUCCGACAGCCGCUCAAUUAUAUCAUCGUCAAUCUGUCUCUGGCGGACUUUCUCGUGUCUCUGACCGGAGGAACGAUCAGUUUUCUGACCAACUAUCACGGGUAUUUCUUCUUGGGGAGAUGGGCUUGUGUUCUGGAGGGAUUCGCAGUCACCUUUUUUGGCAUCGUGGCUCUGUGGUCUCUGGCCGUCUUGGCGUUCGAGCGGUUCUUCGUCAUCUGUCGGCCGCUGGGGAACAUCCGUCUGCGAGGAAAACACGCGGCUCUGGGUCUGCUGUUUGUCUGGACCUUCUCCUUCAUCUGGACCAUUCCUCCUGUCCUGGGCUGGAGCAGCUACACCGUCAGCAAGAUCGGCACCACCUGCGAACCCAACUGGUAUUCAGGAGAUGUCCAUGAUCACACCUUCAUCAUCAUGUUCUUCACCACCUGCUUCAUCUUUCCGCUGGGUGUGAUCAUCGUCUGCUACUGCAAACUGCUCCGGAAGCUCAGAAAGGUGUCUAACACGCACGGCAGGCUGGGUAAUGCCAGGAAGCCGGAGCGUCAGGUGACUCGUAUGGUGGUUGUGAUGAUCGUGGCCUUCAUGGUGGCCUGGACUCCAUACGCUGCGUUCUCCAUCGUGGUCACGGCCCUUCCCAGCAUUCACCUGGACCCGCGGCUGGCAGCCGUUCCGGCAUUCUUCUCCAAAACCGCAGCUGUUUACAACCCCAUCAUCUACGUUUUCAUGAACAAACAGUUCAGAAAGUGUUUGGUUCAGCUCUUGAGCUGCAGUGACGUCACCGUCAUCGAGGGGAACAUCAACCAGACCACCGAGCGCGCAGGCAUGACCAAUGAGAGCAACACAGGAGAGAUGUCCGCCAUCGCUGGAACCGUCCCACCUAAAACAGAAGAGCAUCCCAAUGAACGCAGCUCCUGUGCCCAAAUUCCCAUUCCUGAGAACAAAGUAUGUCCGAUUUGAAGACAUGCGCCAACACCUUUGUUUGUCACUCAAUG